AUGUUAAGAUCAUUAGUUAUCAAAAGAUCCCUCUCUAAUGGGUACCAACAAGUGAUAUUCAAUGCCCGGGAGGAUGUGAAUAAGUUAUUGGAAUCUCAAGACAGAUCCUCAUAUAUCUUGGCUCAGUAUAUACCUGAACCAGCACGAGAUGCUUUCAUUGCAAUUAGAGGAUUUAACUUAGAGAUUAAUAAGAUUCAUGGUAAUAAGACCGGUGCAUCCACUCAAUUAUCGUCCACUAUGGGAUUAAGUACUGCCGACAUGAAAUUCAGAUUCUGGAAUGAUAUAUUAGCUAGGAUCUUCACUAAUCCUAUGAAUGAUAGCAAUAUUGGUGAACCCAUUGCUAUAUUAUUGAGAGAUGCUAUAAGAAAUGAUUUAAACUUAGAUAUCGGAUAUUUUCAUCGAUUCUUACAAACCAGGAAACAUUUCGUUGAAAACACUUCAUUCUCCACCACCAACGAUAUUUGCUCAUACGGUGAAGGGACAUAUUCUCAAUUGAAUUACUUAACUCAAGGAUUACUUUUAUCACCAAAUAUUUCACCUUCAGUUAUUAAAUUGCUUGAAGAGUCCACAGUUUUACAAUCCUUGGUUAGUGAUAUAUCUGCUCAUAUAGGUCAAGCUACUGCUAUAGGAUCUAUGAUUUUAGGAAUGAACUUCUAUGCCAGUCAAAAUAGAAUCACUUUACCUAUAGAUUUAAUGACAAAAUAUGAUUUAUCUCAAGAGACUUUAUUCAGAUUAUCCCAAGGUCAUUUAAACGAUGAAUCCCAAAUAUCAGAGGCACGUGAACAAUUAAAGAAUAUCUUAUAUGAAAUGGCAACCACUGCUAAUGAUCAUAUUUUAACUGCUAGAGAUAAGUUAUCAAAAGCUACCACUGAAAUCAAAGACAUCAAGAAUAAUACUAAUGAUGAAUUGAUUCAAAAACAAUUCAAAAACUGGAAGAAAGGAGUUCCUGAUGUGAUAUUCACCCCUUUCAUGGUAGGCAUACCAACAGUUUUAUAUUUGAAUAAACUUCAAAAGAAUGAUUUCGAUAUCUUUGGUAAAGAUCUUCAAAAGAAGGAAUGGAGACUUGCAUGGACUUCGUUUAAGAAUUACUAUCAACGUAAAAUUUAA